GGACAAGCUGUAUAGGCACCUGCCAAAUUAGGCAAAUCAAGGCACUCUGCACAAGUCGUAGCUUUCGUUUACAACUUGGAACACAUACGAAACUUUGGAAUUACUUGAUGCCUCACAGAAAUUUCACGACUUCUUUUGACAUGUUCAAGGCUCCCUCAAUCUCAAUAUUUGUCUAUUUCUGAACAUCAUAGGUCGUCUGGGAACGUCGUUAAUUCGUUGGCUAUCUAUAGACGUCGUUGCGGCCAUGUUGCCGCGUAAUUCUAGUGUUAUCUUCGGUCAGCGUGAGGCCUUGUCUGGAAGACUGUAAUUUUCCUGCCCCGUCUCACCCCUCUCUUCUAAACUCGAUGAAAGAGAAAGACGUUGAGGCAGACUCGUCCGAUGAGGGUGGUGAGCAAACACCCCCGGCUGCUGCUCAGUCGAACCGUAGGGAGGUCACAGAGCUUCGUCUCGACACUGGAAAGGAACGUGUCAAGUUCCGUAGGAAAUGGUGGCAGCUAUGGCUCCCGAAGAAUCCUCCACCCCCUGCACCUCCUUCCCUUGCAGAUGCGCCGAUUCUCCCCGUGGCUACUGCGUCUAUCCUCUCUAUAUUAUCCUAUGCGUGGAUCACACCGAUCAUGACGUUGGGAUUCCAGCGUACCUUACAGGCCACUGAUCUCUGGAAAAUGGACACGUCUCGCGAAGCCGGCUACCUGGGUGCUAAGCUGGAUGAGGCAUGGGCUCGUCGAGUACAAGCCGCAGAAGAAUGGAAUGCCCGACUAGACAGCGGAGAUAUUCACCCUGGUUUCUUCACUCGCCUGAUCUGGAGUCUGAAGGCCAUCUGUAGCGGUCGAGCGUACCAGAAGAGAAGGACUGCGUUAGAAAAACGUUGGCGUGAAGUCGACGGACGAAAGGAAGCAAGCCUGGCGUGGGCAUUGAACGACACAUUUGGUCGCUCCUUCUGGCUUGGUGGCAUUUUCAAGGUAGUCGGAGACACUUCGCAGCUUAUGGGACCUCUCAUCGUCAAGGCUAUUAUCAACUUUGGCAAAGCUCACUUUGCUGCCAAGCAGGCCGGCGUAGAACCUCCCAACAUCGGACGUGGUGUUGGUAUGGCUAUAGGCCUCUUCUGCACAACUGUAUGCGCCAGUGUCUCUCAGCACCAGUUCUUCUGGCGCUCCAUGACCACGGGUCUGUUAGCUAGGGCGGCGUUGAUAAGCUCUAUCUAUAAACGCGGUGUGAACCUGACCGGGAAGGCGAGGACUCAUUUGCCGAAUUCCGCCCUUGUUAACCAUAUAUCUACUGACGUCAGUCGAGUGGAUGCUUGUGCUCAGUGGUUUCAUGCUACUUGGACCGCUCCGAUCCAGGUUACAGUCUGCCUCAUUAUCUUGCUAGUUCAACUUGGCCCAUCGGCGUUAGCUGGCUUCUCCCUGUUCAUCCUGAUCAUUCCUCUUCAAGAGCGGGUCAUGUCAUAUCAAUUUGACAUCCGCAAGAAAGCGAAUAAGUGGACUGAUGCUCGCGCGAAGAUCAUCCUGGAGGUUCUGAGUGCUAUGCGAGUGGUCAAGUACUUCUCAUACGAAGUACCGUUUCUGAACCGUAUAUACGACCUGCGCAAACAUGAGCUAUUAGGUAUUCGCAAGAUCCAGUUCGCUCGAUCUGCAAACAUUGCAUUCGCUUUCUCAAUUCCAGUCCUUGCGGCCACAUUGUCCUUCGUCACAUACACAUUGACCGCCCAUGACUUCGAUGUAGCCGUGAUAUUCGCUUCAUUUACUUUGUUCCAGCUUCUGCGUCAACCGCUUAUGUUCCUUCCUCGAGCUCUUUCCGCCACUACAGAUGCCCAAAACGCACUCAUGCGUCUCAAGAAACUAUUCCAUGCCCCGUUGCGAGAUCCCACACCUUUCAUCGUACAUCCUGAUCAGAAGUUAGCAUUGGAGAUCCGCGGGGCAACUUUCGAAUGGGAGGAAAGUGCAAGUGCGAAAGAAGCUAGAGAGCUUGAAGAGAAUAACAAGAAGAAACGGAGGGAAGAAAGAGCGCACAAGGGCCAUAAGGACAAUGGUCCGGAACCUGAUGUCACUGGCGGUCCCUUCCAGGUCCGUGACAUAGACAUGUUGAUUCCUAGAGGUUCUUUGGUAGCUAUCGUCGGAUCUGUCGGCAGUGGAAAGUCGAGUUUACUUCAAGGUAUCAUCGGCGAAAUGCGGAAAAUCAAAGGCGAUGUAUUGCACGGUGGUAGAGUGGCGUACUGCCCUCAGACAGCCUGGAUACAGAAUGCGACUCUGAGAGAGAACAUAACUUUCGGACAACCAUGGGAUGAGGAUAAGUAUUGGAAAGCAGUUGAAAAUGCCUCCCUCUUACCCGACCUGCAAGUCCUUGCUGAUGGUGAUCUCACGGAGAUCGGAGAAAAAGGUAUCAACCUGAGCGGCGGGCAAAAGCAGCGAGUGAACAUUGCUCGUGCAUUGUACUAUGAUGCGGACAUCGUGAUUUUCGAUGAUCCCCUAUCCGCAGUGGACGCGCACGUUGGCAAGGCGCUAUUCGCGGAUGCUAUCCUUGGUGCUCUACGAAAUCAAGGCAAAACUGUCAUCUUGGUGACACAUGCUCUGCAUUUCCUAUCCCAAUGUGACUACAUCUAUACGCUUGAGAACGGAUGCAUAGAAGAGCACGGCACGUUCCAAGGUCUGCUGUCAAACCACGGAGAGUUUGCAAGACUAAUCAAAGAGUUCGGAGGUAAGACUCAACAUGAAGAAGAAGCCGAAGAGGCGGAAGAAGCCAUAGAAGGUCUUCCUAAGACCAAUGCAGACAUAGAUGAAGCCAAAAUCAAGUCAGAGUCCCGGAUGCGAAGUGGCGCUGGAACUGGAAAACUCGAGGGCCGACUGAUCGUUGCGGAAAAGCGUACCACCGGAUCCGUCACCUGGAAGGUCUACGCUGCAUAUCUCCGAGCAUCGAGGGCAUUCUAUACAGGACCUUUGCUUUUGAUAUUUAUGGUCUUGAUGCAGACGAGUCAGAUCAUGAACUCGUAUGCCUUAGUGUGGUGGCAAGCAGACACUUGGCAUCGUCCUGCCUCUUUCUAUCAAACACUGUACGGUUGCCUCGGGUGCUCUCAGGCUCUCUUCACAUUUCUAGUAGGUAUUGCCAUGGACGAAAUGGGAUUCUUUGUAUCCCAGAAUCUCCAUCACGAUGCUAUCACAAAUAUUUUCUAUGCACCUAUGUCAUUCUUCGAUACAACACCUGCCGGCCGCAUCCUUAGCGUGUUUGGGAAGGAUAUUGACAACAUAGACAAUCAGUUACCUGUUUCUAUGCGUCUCUUUGUUUUGACAAUCGCCAAUGUCAUUGGUGCCGUUCUGAUUAUCACAGUUCUCGAGCAUUACUUCAUUAUCGCCGCUGCUGCAAUUUUCUUUGGCUAUCAGUACUUUGCAGCCUACUAUCGCGCUAGCGCAAGAGAGAUCAAACGACUUGACGCGAUGCUUCGCUCGUUGCUAUAUUCUCAUUUUGCAGAAUCAUUGUCUGGCAUAUCCACCAUUCGCAGCUAUGGCGAGAUUCCUCGCUUCUUGAGUGAUAAUGAAUACUACAUUGAUUUGGAGGAUCGUGCCAAUUUUUUGGUUGCGACAAACCAACGGUGGCUAGCCAUUCGUUUAGACUUUCUUGGUGGAAUGAUGGUCUUCAUUGUGGCAAUGUUAGCCGUUUCCGGAACUUCUGGUAUCAAUCCGGCUCAAAUUGGCCUUGUGCUCACGUACACGACUUCUUUGACCCAACUAUGUGGCAUGGUGACGAGGCAGUCUGCAGAAGUAGAGAACUACAUGCAGUCGGUAGAAACAAUGGUUCAUUACAGUGACGGGAAGCAAAUUGAUCAGGAGGCGCUCCAUGAAGUCUCAGAUUGCAAACCACCUGCGGAUUGGCCAGCAAAGGGAGCAAUUGAAUUCGACAGGAUCUAUAUGCGUUACAGACCAGGAUUGCCAUAUGUCUUGAAGGGACUCUCACUGUCUGUAAGAGGUGGUGAGAAGAUUGGCGUUGUUGGCAGAACUGGAGCUGGGAAAAGUUCACUCAUGCUGGCGCUGUUCCGCAUUGUUGAACUAUCCUCGGGCUCUAUCUCUAUCGAUGGCCUCGAUAUCUCUAAAACCGGACUAAGGGAUCUUAGAACCAAGAUCGCUAUAAUUCCUCAAGAUCCUUUACUGUUCAGCGGAACCAUUCGCAGCAAUUUGGAUCCAUUCUCCAUGUACGAUGAUGUACGGUUAUGGGACGCUCUCCGCCGUUCGUUCCUUGUAGAGUCAAGUAUCCACAAGGGAGAGACUCUCGACUCCUCGAGUGGGAGUAGCACACCAACUUCUCGUUUUACUCUUGACACCGUCAUCGAAUCUGAGGGUGCCAAUCUUAGCGUGGGUGAGCGUAGUCUGCUGAGCCUUGCUCGGGCACUGGUGAAAGACAGCAAAGUAGUAGUCUUAGACGAAGCCACUGCCUCCGUCGAUCUUGAGACCGACUCCAAGAUUCAGCAGACAAUACAAACCCAGUUCAGUGACAAAACGCUACUUUGCAUAGCUCAUCGGCUCAGAACUAUCAUAUCCUAUGACCGAAUCCUUGUCAUGGAUGCAGGCACAGUUGCGGAAUUUGAUACGCCUCUGAGUCUCUUCAACAGACCGGACAGCAUCUUUAGAGGGAUGUGCGAGAGGAGCAACAUUUGUGUUGACGAUAUCUUAAAGGCCUCGAGUGGAGACGAAUUUUCAUAGACAACGGUAUCUGCAAGGAGUUCCAAUGAUAAUAUUACAAGAUUGUGGUGCAUGUAUGGUAAUCUAGUAGAGAUACAGAUCCGGUUUAGAAAGAGAAGGCGACAAUACAACUACAGGAAACCC